AUGGAGGCUCCAGAGAACAGAAAGAGAAGUCGAAACGACGAUGAUGCACUCUCGAUCCGCUCGAAACGCCACCAAUCGAACAAUGGCGACUGGCAAACCCUUGGCUACUGCGACUACACCGUUGGCUGGGUUUGCGCCCUCCCCAUCGAGAUGGCUGCGGCAAUAGCUAUACUAGACAGCACUCACGUCCCCUUGCCCCCCCAGAAAGGCGAUAGCAAUAACUACACCUUUGGUCGCGUUUGUGGGCAUAAUGUUGUCAUCGCAUGCCUUCCAUCGAGCCAAUACGGCACGAACAACGCCGCUACGGUGGCCAGCAAUAUGAGUCGAAGCUUCCCCUCGAUCACCAUUCGAUUGAUGGUUGGGAUUGGUGGUGGCGUGCCCGAUGGCGGCAUCGACAUACGAUUAGGAGAUGUUGUAGUCGGGAAUGAAGUGAUGCAGUACGACUUGGGCAAGAUAUUGCCCGAUGGCCAGUUUCAGCGAACAGGCCGCACCACCACGCCUCCUCACACGAUCCUGACGGCGGUGUCUAAGCUACAGGCAGAUUAUGAAAACGCGCCCAGCAGAAUUCCCAGCAUCCUCUGCGACAUGCUCGACCGAAACGAGCAAAUGGUCUCAUACGCUCGACCUAGCUUGCCAGAUCGACUGUUCCGCCACACGUACAAGCAUACGCAAGAGGUGGACAGCUGCGAGCGCUGUAGCUCAUGGGAGGUUCUGGAACGGCCUCAUCGGGAGACCGCGAAACCCAGAGUCCACUAUGGCAGAAUUGCAUCCGGCAACCAGGUCAUCAAAGACGGCGAAACUCGUGCUAAGAUGGCGGAGGAACUUGGCAUCAUCUGCUUUGAGAUGGAGGCUGCAGGGCUGCAUGAUUUCCCCUGCCUUGCCAUUCGCGGCAUCUGCGACUACUCAGAUUCUCACAAGAACAAGGCCUGGCAGAAGUAUUCCGCUGCUGUCGCUGCUGCAUAUGCCAAGGAACUCCUGUCUGUCAUACCCACACAGCAACGAAGGGAUGCUGAGGCGACUUAUCCUACAACAGACCUAGAAUUGCUCCGGAGUCGAGUGGAAGCAUUGUCGGACUCAUUAACGUUUGAGCAAAUCGACUCGCGCCAUGCAACAAUCAAGACUCAACAUUCCAAAACUUGCGAAUGGUUACUUGGCCACCCAAAGUACGUCGAGUGGCUUGAACCAAUCCAUUUUCCCAGUCAUCAUGGGUUCUUGUGGAUCAGUGGAAAGCCUGGAGCUGGGAAGUCAACAUUGAUGAAGUUUGCCUACACCCACGCGAAAAACAAGUGGAAAGCAACAGCUGACGCAACCGUCAUCUCUUUUUUCUUCAACGCUCGAGGCGUUCAUCUUGAAAAGUCAACAGAGGGAAUGUACCGGUCCUUACUUUUUCAAGUUAUUCAAAAAUUCCCAGACGUUUUACACGAUUCAGACCAUAUCUAUCAAGCGAAGCACAACCGGGCUACCUGGGAUAUUGAAACGCUUCAGGCUCUUUUUACCCAUGCGGUUACCAGACUUGGACAGCGACAGAUUAUUUGCUUCAUCGAUGCCCUGGAUGAAUGUGAUAUAUCUGAGGUUGAGGACAUGGUCGAGUAUUUCGAAGACCUUGGAGAUCAAGCUUCUGAAAGCCAAGCGAAAAUUUACAUCUGUUUUUCCAGUCGCCACUACCCACAUAUCGAGAUACGCAACGGGUUGAAACUCACCUUAGAGGAUCAGUCAGGCCAUGGCGAAGACCUUGAGAAAUAUGUGAGAAGCAAAUUUAAAGCUGGCAACGGCAAGGCGUCUCAAGAGGUCUCUGCCGAAAUCCUAGAGAGAGCAUCAGGAGUUUUUCUGUGGGUGGUGCUCGUCGUUGACAUACUCAACAGAGAGUUCCGCAAUGGUCGCAUGUGGGCAGUAAAGGGGCGACUAAGGGAGCUGCCCGAUGGGCUUAGUAACCUUUUCAAGGAUAUACUUUGCCGGGACAAUGAGAAUAUGGACGAUCUGUUACUUUGCAUCCAGUGGAUCUUGUAUGCAGCAAGACCCUUGACGUGUGAGGAGUACUACUUUGCCCUCGUAUCAGGGCUGGACCCAAGCCCUGAGAACUUGGUUAGGUGGGACCGAGAAUCCACUACCACUACAGCCAUGGAGCUGUAUCUUCUUAGCUCUUCAAAAGGCCUUGCCGAACUUGUCAAGUCGAAGAAGCGAACUGUGCAGUUCAUUCAUGAGUCGGUACGCGAUUUUCUCAUCAAGGACGAUGGGAUUCGCCAGUUAUGGCCCAAUCACGCAGCGAACUUUGAAAGUUACAGCCACGAUCGGUUGAAACAAUGCUGUGAUAACUAUUGCAACAUUGACAUUUCCGCAAUCGUACCACAGCCUCUGCCUGCCGCAUCGUCAGAGCGGGCAAAAGUUUUACGAACUCAAGUCCCAGAAGAGUUCCCAUUUCUUGACUACGCGACACGACAUGUUCUUCAUCAUGCCAAUUCUGCCGAGGACAAUAUUCCUCAGAUUACAUUCUUGAGGAACUUCGCAUUGAAACGUUGGCUUUAUCUAAUUAACUUGUUUCAAAAGUAUGAAGUUCGUCGUUAUACAAUCAAGGCUUCUUUAGUCUACAUCCUUGCUGAGCACAACCUACCGUCUCUAGUCCGAUCUGCAGUUGACAACGGAUUUGAUGCUCAUUUGAAAGGAGAGAGAUACAAACGCCCUAUCUUGACUGCUUUAAAAAAUGGUCAUGAAGAGGUAUACAAGAUACUUCAGCCUCAUUACAAUGCCUCGGACAAGAUUAUUGAUCAAAUAGAAUACCAAAAUGCGUUCUCACUUUCAAAAACUACGGCCGUGCUCCAUUACGCUGCGGCGCGCGGCAAUCUAUUCCUCUUGACACACUUACUCGGGUUCAUGACACCAACAAUUGACGCACAAGAUAGGGAGCGUGGCCAUACACCUUUGGGUUACGCAGCGUCCAAUGGUCAUGAAGCUUGUUUAAGAGCGCUGCUCUCCUGCGGUGCCCACAUCGAGGCGGACGGUGAGGAUGGCCGGACGCCGCUGUCGCAUGCCGCGGGGAACGGGAACGAGGCUAUUGUGCGGCUGCUGCUUAACCAGGGUGCGCAGAUAGAGGCAGCCGGUGAGGAUGGCCGGACGCCGCUGUCGCAUGCCGCGGGGAACGGGAACGAGGCCGUUGUACAGCUGCUGCUUGACCGGGGCGCGCAGACUGAGGCGGCUGAUAAGGACGGCCGAACGCCGCUGUCGCAUGCCGCGCGGAACGGGAACGAGGCUGUUGUGCGGCUGCUACUUGACCGGGGCGCGCAGAUUGAGGCGGCCGACAAGGACGGCCGGACAUCGCUAUCGUAUGCCGUGGAUAAGAAUAGAAAUGAAGCUGUUGUGCGGCUGCUGCUUGACCGGGGCGCGCAGAUUGAGGCGGCCGAUAAGGACGGCCGGACGCCGCUAUCGUAUGCCGUAAGUUGGUACGGGAACGAGGCCGUUGUACAGCUGCUGCUUGACCGGGGCGCGCAGAUUGAGGCGGCCGAUAAGGACGGCCGGACGCCGCUAUCGUAUGCCGUAAGUUGGUACGGGAACGAGGCCGUUGUACAGCUGCUCCAAUUGCAUGGUGCUGAAUUGUCGUCGAUAAUAUUGUCUUAA